GUAACGACGAUUUGCCGUCACAAGUCAAAGACUAGAGUCACUCGUGACCACUGACCACCAUCUUCAAAUGUAUACAGGCCCUUUUAAUAUUGGGCCUAUCUUUACCACAAGCCCACUAUCAGGAGUGAGCAUCGGGCCCUGUAAUUUCAGCCCACCCCAAGUGAAAGAAGACGAAAAUACAACGGGCAGAUCCAGAAAGUGCAUUGAAAUCUGAAGGAGUUGACGGUUUCGCAGAAAUUGACGUUUGAAUAGAAGUUGCACGCACGUUUCUUCUGCUCUUACUCCGAUCCCCAAGCAACGAAACAAAACCUAAGCCAACACCAUGAGCGGUGACGCCCAACCCCAAACCACCGACACCAAACCAGACCAAACCCAAAACACCAACAUCAAACAUGAAGAACCUCAAGCCCAGGCUCAGGCUCAAGCUCAGGCUCAGCCUCCGCCUCAGUCUCACUCCACUGAUUUUGCUCCAUACCCUAAACUGGACCCCAACGAUGUGGUGCCACCUCUGAACACUGAUUCUCGCGCCCCUAUUUCCGGCGAUGCUGCCACUACCAUGCCCAAAGACUCCAAUCCCUAUGUCACUCCUGCGCCCGUUGCCACUUCAUCUACUAAGACUACUUUAGAUUCGGUGAAAGACGUUCUCGGAAAAUGGGGGAAGAAAGCCGCCGAGGCCACCAAGAAGGCCGAGGAUCUCGCCGGCAAUAUGUGGCAGCACUUGAAAACGGGUCCGAGUUUUGCGGAUGCUGCUGUGGGGAGGAUUGCUCAGGGAACUAAGGUUCUUGCGGAAGGAGGGUAUGAGAAGAUCUUUAGGCAAACGUUUGAGACGGUUCCAGAGGAGCAGCUUCUGAAAACCUAUGCAUGCUACUUGUCCACCUCCGCUGGACCUGUCAUGGGAGUCUUGUAUUUGUCAACGGCUAAGUUGGCGUUUUGUAGUGAUAACCCGCUUUCUUACCAAGUGGGUGAACAGACUCAAUGGAGCUAUUAUAAGGUGGUGAUUCCAUUGCACCAGCUGAGAGCAGUAAACGCCUCAACAAGUAGAACCAACGCAUCUGAAAAAUAUAUACAGAUUAUCUCUGUUGACAACCAUGAAUUCUGGUUUAUGGGCUUUGUGCACUACGACAGUGCUGUUAAAAAUAUUCAAGGAGCAUUGCAGCCUCACUGACAGAGAGAGGAUCGAAAAGCUCCGUGUAUUAUUUUAUUUAUACCAAAGAUGAGGUUUGUGUUGAUAUAUCAUCCUUCACAGAAACAUUUACGUGUUUAAUCUUUAUAUGGUAGUCCCCGCUAGUCUAGUUUGUGGAGCUGUUAAAGUAUUAAAAUUGAAACUCAUUCGUGUUCAUGAUAUAUUUGUUUUACCUGUGUUGCUUUCUGAAAGUGAAAGUAAAUUGAUUUGUUGUAAGUUGAAUGGAUAUGUAAACAGUGGAUUUACAUUUUAUUAUAUUAAAUUGUCUCUGUUAUUCUUUUC